AUGGUUGUCAAAGAAUAUGAGAUCCUUGGACCUGACGAAGGACCCGAAUCAGGGGAUCGAUGGACUCUCAUGUUUGAUGGUGCUUCAAAUGCUACAAGACAUGAAGUUGGGGCAGUAUUAAUGUCUCCCAAGAAUUUUCACCUACCAUUCACAACAAAGCUUUGCUUCACUUGUACAAACAACAUGGUUGAGUAUGAAGCUUGCAUACUGGGACUAGAGGAGGAAAUUGAGUUAACGAUUAAAGUCCUUGAAGUAUAUUUAGUGAUACAUAAAAUUAGGGGUGAUUGGGAAACGAGACAUGCUAAUCUAAUUCAAUAUCGGAAUCAUGUGAUGAAGUUGCUCCCGAAAUUUGACCAAAUCACUUUUUCCCAUAUUCCUCGAGAAGAGAAUCAUAUGGAAGACGCUUUGGCAACUCUGGAAUCCAUGUACAAGUUGAUAUGGCCUAACCAUCAUCCUAAUAUUGAAAUCAGAAGUUUUGACGAACCUGCUCAUUGCUUAACAAUAGCAGAAGAAUCAGAUGGAAAACCCUGGUUCUUUGAUAUCAAACACUAUCUUGAGAAACAAGAAUAUCUGGCAGAUGCUUCUAGCCUUGACAAAGGGACUAUACGGAGAUUGACAUCAAAGUUCUUCCUAAAUAGAGAUGUGAUAUAUAAGCGGAAUUAUGACAUGAUCAUUCUCAGACAUGUGGACAAAUAUGAAGCUAAUCAACUCAUGAAGGAUAUACAUGAAGGAUCCUUCGACACUCAUGCAGGUGGACAUGCGAUGGAAAAAAAAAUUCUGAGGGCAGGUUACUACUGGCUAACAAUGGAAGUUGACUAUUAUCAUUAUGCCAAAACAUGCUACAAGUGCUAG